AUGCAAAAAAUUGCCAUUCUCUAUAAUGAUCGUAAAACAGACUGGCGUGAUCAGUUACCAUUCGUCGCUUUCAACUAUAAUACGUCUAUUCAUGCUAUCACUAAACAAAUUCCGUUCGAAAUGAUGUUCGGCCUACCGGCAAUGCUUCCCUUCAAUCAUCAAGAUCCAAACGUCGUGGUCUCACAAGAUCCUGAGCACUUGUUGAAAUUGAAUUCCAUUACGUCAUCAUCAAUAUCUCAAGCGAGAGAAAACAUCGUUAAACAUCAGAAACAGUAUAAAGAACGUUAUGAUAAGAAUCGAUCUAAUCCUAAAUAUUUAAUUAAAGAUCUUGUCCUCUUUAGAACAUUAAAUCCACCAAUCAAAGACGAUCAUUACGAAAAAUAUCAAAAAUCAUUAUUAUUCAAAUUUAACCGAUUGUAUCAUCGACAAAAUCGCCCACGUCCUAGACAACCACCGCCAGUAAAUGAACCGUAUGUUCGAGCAGAAGAUCGUCUUCCUCCGACAUCAAGGUUAGCUUUAGAUCUGCCUCAGGCAGAUCGUUCUUCAUCGUCGUUAAGUCAUUAUCGUGAUCGUUCUACAUCAUCCUCAAAUCAUUAUAAAGAUCGUCCUCUAUCAUCAACAAGUUAUCGUCAUCGUCAUCAUAAAAAACAAACAACACCAAUUAUGAGAAGAGCACCAAAUGAUCGACGGCAUUAUCCUUAUCGGGCAUAUGUAUUUAAGCGGCACAAAAUUCAUAUGGGAGACGAAUCAUCAGCCUUUGAAGCAGCUGAAUUUGAAGGCACAAACAAAAAAGAAGGUGAAUGA